UAUAUUAGAUGCGGAGAAAUAUUUAUUCAUUUUAGAUACUGGCAAUAGUCGCAUUGUUGGUUCAAGCUUGAAUGGUUUUCGAUGUUUAGUUGGAUGUAAUGGAGAGGGUUCACAAUCGAAUCAAUUGCAUUAUCCGUUCAGUUUGAGUUUCGAUCGUUUUGGAAACAUGUUUGUUACUGACACAGUAAAUUCUCGAAUUCAAAAAUUUUUCCCGAUGAAAGAUUCUUUUGCUCUUUCAUUCAAUCAACCAAAGUUUUGUUCAUCAGCCACUUGGAAUUUCAAUGGAAUUACUUUUGCUAAUGUAUCGACUGCUGGUCAAGAUCCUCGCGCUAUUUUUGUGAAUACAAACAACACAAUCUAUGUCGCUAAUCGAGAAAAUAACACAGUUAUAAUAUGGCAAGAAGAGAGUAUCAAUCCAACAAAGAUCAUUUCGGGUAAUUUUACAUCACCCAAUUCUCUCUUCGUGACAUCGAAUGGUGAUAUUUAUAUUGGUGAUGGUAAUAGUAACAAGAAUAGUCGAGUACAGAAAUGGAGUCCUAAAACAAGUACCUUUGUCACGGUGAUGAAUGUCAAUUCAUCAUGUUCUGGUUUGUUUGUCGAUAUAAAUGAUACUCUUUACUGUUCAAUGAAUUAUGAUCAUCAAGUUGUGAAAAGAUCAUUAAAUGAUUGCGGGAUGACUUCAAAUAGUAUUGCAGCUGGAACAGGUAUUAAAGGAAUAGCCUCAGAUCAACUCGGAGGUCCUCGUGGAAUCUUUGUGGAUGUGAAUU